AUGGCGGAGCUGAGGUUGAUCGAUGGAAAUUCUGACGAAACAGAACUGGAGUCAGAUUCCGAUGAAGACGAAGGAGGGUUUGAGUUGAGUGCUGAAGAUACAAAUGAGUCUGAAGUCGAACUAAAAUCGGAAGCUGAUGAACUCGAUGAAGCUGAUGAAGCAGUGCUGGAAACGGAAACCAAAGAAACAAUGCUGGAUGUAAGACUAGAUGAAGCACUAGAUGAAGCAGAGCUGGACUCGGAAGUUGAAGCAGAAGUGAAAAUAGCCGAAGUGCUUGAUGGAAUUUCAACAAUUACUGUUUCAGUGCCUCCUACCAGAGCGGAGAACGUGGUAGUGGUGGUUACAGUUCCAUUCCAAGUGGAGGUGAGGGUAGUUCUUGGAGUUGGCACCUCAACGAUGACUGUGUUGCUUUCUCCUGGACCACCAGUAAUGGUCGUGGUUGAAGUUACUGAGCCGGUCCAAGUAGACAUGAGUGUGGUUGUAGGUGUUGGAACUUCAACUAUAACGGUGUCUGAGCUACCUGGUCCACCUUUAACUGUGGUUGUGGAUGUUUCUGAUCCAGUCCAUGUAGACGUAAUGGUAGUGGUAGGAGUUGGAACUUCAACAAUGACAGUAUUACUUUGGCCUGGUUCUCCUGUGAUGGUAGUGGAUGUGGUAGUAGUUCCAUUCCAAGUAGAAGUUAUGGUGGUUGUGGGUGUUGGUACCUCAACAAUAACCGUAGCAGUUCCGCCCAAGCUGGCAGAUAUAGUAGUUGUGGUAACUUCUGAACCAGUCCAAGUGGAUGUGAGAGUAGUUGUUGGUAUAGGUACCUCAACAACGACAGUGUUACUCUCGCCGGGUCUUCCAGUAAUAGUAGUCGAAGUAGUUUCAGAACCUGUCCAAGUAGAAGUGACAGUAGUAGUAGGAGUAGGAACUUCAACAAUUACUGUAUCACUUCCACCAGGUCCACCUUUCAAAGUUGUCGUUGAGAUUUCAGAGCCUGUCCAAGUAGAAGUAAGUGUAGUUGUAGGAGUUGGAACCUCAACAAUAAUCGUGUUCGUUCCACCAGGACUACCAGUCAAUGUGGUUGUGCUUGUGUUAGCUCCCGUCCAAGUAGAUGUCACCGUCGUAUUAGGAAUUGGAACUUCAACCACAACUGUAUUACUUUCUCCUGGUCCUCCGGUAAUCGUAGUUGUAGAAAUUGCAGAACCAGUCCAGGUUGAUGUAACAGUUGUGGUUGGUGUAGGUACCUCAACAAUUAUAGUGUCUGUUCCUCCAGGAAGUCCCUUGAUGGUUGUGGUACUGACUUCGGAUCCGGUCCAGGUGCUUGUGAUAGUAGUGGAUGGAAUAGGAACUUCCACAAUCACAGUAGCGGUUUUGCCUGGUAGAGCAGUAACGGUUGUGCUAGUAGUACCAUUUCCAGUCCAUGUUGAGGUAACAACGGUGGUUGGCACUGGGUCGUAUUCUAUGAUGGUAACGGUUCCACCCUUGGUGAUAUUGCUGUAG